AUGUCUGUGCACUCCCCGUCCAAGGGUUCUGCUAUGCCCGUGCCUAUCCGCAUCACCACCCAAGCAACAGCACAGGACAAUUGCAGUGCAGUUGCUCAAGGGGGGAUGGCAUCCCUAAAGCACUGCAACUUGGCCAACAAGGAUUGCUCCCAGCACUCUGAGGACAAGGAUGAGGAUGAUGAAGAGGUGAUUGAGGUAGUCUCUGGUGGGGUGGCCCUGCCCAAGAAGAAGAGGAAGAUUGCAAUAGUACAGCUGGAGGAGUAG